AUGGGUCUUAUUGCUGUUGCUACUGCUACAUCUGGUGUAGCUGCUUCCAUUAUGCCUGGUGGGUGCACCGCACAUUCUCGCUUCAAGAUUCCAAUAAAAUUGAGUGGCAGUACUAUGUGUAGCUUUACAAAGCAGAGUGGCACAACAGAGCUGCUUAGAAAGACAUCUCUGAUAAUAUGGGAUGAGAUUGCAAUGACUAAGAGGCAAGCAGUUGAGGCUCUUGACAGGUCACUGAGGGAUAUAAUGAGUUGUGAUAUGCCAUUUGGAGGGAAGAUUAUGUUGUUUGGUGGCGACUUCAGACAGACUGAUACAUGGUUUGCAGAUUACUUAUUGAGGAUUGGUAAUGGGACCGAGGAAGCAUUUGAGGGUGACUACGUGUGGCUUCCUGAUGACAUUCUGAUUCACAAUCCUGCGGAGGAUCAUUCCAUUGACAUCCUUAUUGAUCGGGUGUUCCCGAAUCUUGUUGCUAAUUGCACUUCUGCCUCUUAUAUGCGCGAGCGUGCGAUACUAUCCACCAGGAAUGAACAUGUUGAUGCCACGAAUGCACUUAUGAUUGAUAGAUUUCCGGGGAAGCAGAAGAUUUUCUAUAGCUUCGAUUCUGUGGAUGAUGACCCACGUAACACGUUUGGAGAUUAUGACCUCCUGAAUUAUCUGAAUGUAUUCAACUGCUAUAAUGCACUAUGA